UUUUUAAAAUAAACCUUUUUCAGCCUAACGACAAUUGAUUGUCGGCUGAUUUGCAAGUGAGGGUUCGCAGAUGCUUAGUUUAGCUUUAGGUUCAAGUUCAAUGUAAAGCCAAACGAGUUUGCCAAUUGCUCGUUAGAUGAAUUUGCUGAAGGACAAUCUGGCUGGCAAAAAUUUUCGGGCAUAUAAAGCCGUAGACUUGGCAUCGAAUCAGCAACAGUCACUCGUCGACUUCAAAGCACCAAGCAAACCAAAAUCCCAAAUCCAACCAUGUUCCGCUUCAUUGCCAUCUGUGCCCUGGCCACCAUCGCCGCCGCUGCUCCGGGAUUCGUUGAGGAGCACCAUGUGGCCGUCGCCCCUGUUGUGGCUAAGGUUGGUGCUGUCGUCCACAGUGCUCCGGUGGCUACUUCCCACCAGAGCUUCACCCAGUUCCACAACCAGGCUGUGCUCACUCCCGUGGUCAAGCAUGUGGUGCCUGCUGUUCCUGUGAUCAAGACUGUGGCUCCAGUGGUUCCCGUGGUCAAGACUGUGGCUCCCGUUUACUCCGUGGCUCCCGUUGUCAAGCAUGUUGCCCCCAUCGUGCCCGUUGUCAAGCAUGUGGCUCCAGUGGUUCCCGUCAUCAAGACUGUUCCCGUGGUCCAGCACCAGACCUAUGUCGCUCCCGCUGUGCACCAUGUGGCUGCCGUUCCCGUCGUGAAGGCUCUGCCCCAUGCCGUCUCCCACCAGAGCCACACCCAGGUGCACCACCAGAAGACCAUCAUCACCCCAGUGGUUGCUCCCCUGCCGGUGGUUAAGACUGUCGCCGUGGCCCCUGCCCCUCUGGCCCAUGUCUACCAUCAUUAAGAAACUAU